UUGGUUCUGAUUCAACGUUUCGUUUCAUUUUUUACGCCACCAUUUCCACGAAAACAACACCGGAUGCCAAAAUUAAACUUGCUCCGCGACAAGAUCUAAACCUCGAGCUCAAAGUUGCAACUUCUGCUUGACUGUAUCUUCUCUUUUAGGAACAUACAGACAGACAUUAUGAGUAGCCUAGGGUUUUGUUCAAUUUCCUUUAGCAAAACUACCAAAAUAAAAGGAAUAAAAAAGGCAAAUGGAAGCAACAAAAUUACGUUUUUUUAAAAACUAGCCUAUUUUUAGCUUUGGAAAUAUCCGCGAGCCUGCUUGCCUGGAAAAGAAUUAAAAAAGAAGAAGCAGAAAUGUCAAAAAACAAAACAAACGAAAAGCUGAAAAGCGUUUAAACAUCAAACAAAGGCCAGAAGAGGCCAGACCGUUGGUCACUGUGGUCAGUUCACGACAUGUGAUUGUGAACUCAGCUGAAGAGGCGCGUGGUUUUUUCACAAGAGGCCCAAGUUAAGAAGCCGAAGUGGAUUGUUUCUUUUUUUCCUGCACCAAGGAUCAGCUAUUGAAAACAAAAUUGCAGAGAUGGGUUUUCCCAGGCCUGAAUGCUUUGUCUGUAAGGAUGAGCUAAUACGUGGACAGAGCUUCGUCUUUUUAAAGGAUCCAAAGUACAUACUCUGUAUGGUCUGCUAUGACAGACAAUAUAUUGGUGGCCAUGAAACUUUUUCUGUGUAUUUCCCUCAGCAGGAAAAUGUAUCAUCUGGAAGCGAUGUAGUUCAUACUGGCGUCCAGUGUGAUGCUUGUCUUGUGAAUCCCAUCCGUGGCAUACGCUACAAGUGCAGGAUGUGCCCUGACUUUGACCUUUGUGCAAACUGUAAAGGACAAGGAUGUCACUCUGAGCAUAACAUGACUGAGAUUGCCGUGCCAAAAACCAAAAAGGAAAAUGUAUCAUCUGGAAGUGAUGUAAUUCAUACUGGCAUCCAGUGUGAUGCUUGUCAUGUGAAUCCCAUCCGUGGCAUACGCUACAAAUGCAGGGAGUGCCCUGACUUUGACCUUUGUGCAAACUGUAAAGGACAAGGAUGUCACUCCGAGCAUAACAUGACUGAGAUUGCCGUGCCAAAAACCAAUGUGGAACGACGAAUUGAUCGUUAUGACGAUUCAGUGAUGGUCCGUCUAUUACAGAAGCCGUGUGUGGCAAAUCGAUCAUCUGGCCGUGCUUACUUCCAUCAUGGCAUCAAAUGUGAUGCUUGUAACAAGAAUCCCAUCUGUGGCGUCCGCUACAGGUGCAAGGUCUGCUUUAAUUUUGACCUUUGUUCUUUCUGCAAGAUUAAUGGUCGUCACUCGGAUCAUACUAUGGAGGAAUAUGGCCCAUGUAGAGAGAACAAGACUGAUCCCCGUUUCAUGUUGACUUUGAGAAAUUGGAUACAACAUUUACAGGAGCGAGAGCGAUAUUCUUUGGGAAAUCAUGAUGGGGAAAGUGAACCGUCUGAACAUGACCAUAUCCAUUUCAGCAUUCGAUGUGAUGCUUGUGGCGUGUGCCCCAUCCGUGGCAUCCGCUACGAUUGCAGGACUUGCCUUAACAUUGAAAUUUGUGCAGACUGCAAGGCUCUGGGACGUCACUCUUUUCAUUCCUUGCGAGAGAUUGUCACAACUAGUGCCCAGAGGGAACGAAUAAUGCACGGAGUUGGGGACGCUAUGAUGGGAGCGUCAUUGGUAAAUGAAGUGUCUAGCGAUGGAAAAAUCCAUACUGGCAUCAUAUGUGAUGUUUGUGGAAUGAAUCCCAUCCGUGGCAUCCGCUACAAGUGCCUAGACUGCCCAAACUACGACCUUUGCGUGUCCUGCAGGGUAGCGAAGCAUCACUCUCAUCAUCACACGGCGGAGAUUGUCACUCCUAGGUCCCCUGAGCAAAGGAUGCUGGAUCGCAGGAGGGAUCAGGCCAUGAAGCUGAUACUAAAUGCCCGAGGUUCGUCCUCACGGCGAGUCACCACCUCAAACUCGACAGAGGCAGCAACAGGGGCCACUUCACAGUCAACUGGCCCCGAUCACCACCGAGGAGCCAACUCGCCAAAGGUUUCAGACCCAAUGAAAUCUCAUUUUGACGAAGUAGACCCAGAAGAUGUUAAAGAGCGCAUGACAUGUCCGGUUUGUUUGGAUAAAGAGAAAACUGUGGCUUUCAAAUGUGGCCACUGCACUUGUUGGAAUUGCAGUGAGCAACUUAAAAAAUGCCCAAUAUGCAAAAAAAAAAUCACAACGCGUAUUCGUUUGUUCAACUAAAGUAAUGCCAAUUUUUUAGUUUUUCUUCCUUCUUUUAUCUUUUCUGCAUUGAGGAUGUGAUGUUGCCAUGUCUUUCCGAAUGCAUCAAAAGUACAAUUUUUAAUUUUAAUUCUUAAAAAAAAUCUUUGACAGCACCUCUACUGUCUACUUGUUGAAGUACUUUCAAAUCUUCUGUGUAUUGUGUAGUUAUUGACUAACAAAUAUCUUACAUGACAAUGACUUAUAUUUAUUAGGUUCUCCCAGUGUUUUUUACACUUGUUGUCAAAGGGAUGCUUUGCAUGCUUUAUAUUUCCUUGUUAACAUUUCUCAUAUUGACUCAUACGGCUUCUACCAACUUUGGAAUAGAGUGCCAUUCCUUGAAGGCGUAUCGUUUUAGCUAUGAGAUUGUGUGAUCUGUAUAAAGACUAUGUGAAUGUGAGUGCAGGCUCCACAACUGAUAAAAGAAAACGAAAUUUGUUCUUACACACAUCAGGUGAGACAGUAACAGCUUAUGUAUUGAAUUAAAACACUUGUUCAGUUUCAGUACUUUCAAGUUAUUCAUAUCGUUAUGGCUUGUUCUAUACAGGUCUUGUCAAUGGAUGAAGCUAUCUCUUCAUUCUCUUUUUAUUGAUAUUGAUAUAUAGUUUACCUCUUACUUACAAUGAAUAGCGAACAACCGUUGAUUGAAGAUUGUGACCUGUGACACUUUGGUCCCAUGGAAUUUUCUUUAGCAUCUGGAAUGCAUGUGUAUACUGUUUGCAGUCAAGGAGUUCAUUAAAGAAGUCUACCCAGAUUUGCAUAUAUGUAUACUUGGUUUUUCAUUCAAACAACAUUGAGGAGAUUGUUACACAACAUUGAGGAGAUUGUUAUUUAUCUUUUAUGGCAGACCUGCAUAGUACACUGAAACUGUUCAUGUACUCUCCAGAGGAGGAUUGCAUUAAGUCAUAGUAAUGCAUGCUGACAAAUUCAAAUUAGUUUUGGAAGAAUGGAUUUCAGAUGCUACUCACAUUUUCAGUAUUUAUUUUGAUUGAAUACGUUUUGUUGACGUUGUAGCCACAAAAAUUUGUAUUGAGAUACUGGUCAAUAUUUUGCUCAAUAUCUGUAUGUAUCACUGAUGUUGUAAUAAAAUGUUUAAUAAAUGUCGUACAUAAAUAAUGUGUAUAAUUGUACUCUGCA